AGACAACAUCCUCUUGUGACUUCCUGGACUGGGAACUGUCUCUAAAGUUAGGGAAGAAUUCUGUCUCCAGAAUUUUCUUCGUCCGAAGGAUCAGAAAGAGCUUCCCACUGGAUAUGGCUGAUGAGGGGGACACCCCAUCCACCCUCCCAUGGAGGAGUCACAGCACCACCCCCCUGCCCAGGAGGCCCAGUGCAGGGUCCAGGAGAGUGUGCCCACGGAGGGGUCAGCCCAACUGGGAAUGAAGAGGAAGCCGGGAAGGCCUGCUGCCCAGACAGCACCCAGGACACACCCCAGGGCGCAGUCUCAGCCUGCCAUGGGGCUCAGCACACCCGGCUCCGACCCAGAGCCCCGAGAACCUCUGCCUCUGAGGCAGCAAGAGGACCUGGAGCACAGCACGGCAGAACACAGAGACUGCAGUCAGAGAAGGCAUCCAGUGCUGGGUAUUCCUUGGGAUUCUCUCAGAAGGUUUCAGUCACCGGAUGCACACACCACAAGGCUGGCCAUGGGUGCAGGACCCAGGGAACCACUGAAGGGAAAUCGAGACCUGAGCCUACUCUCCCAAAGACACCGGGCCAGCUGGGUACUGGCCAGCACACUGGGCAGAUUGGACCUCUGUGCCUGCAGGACCCCCAGCCCCAGGCACCCAUGUCCCACCCCCCUCAGCCCGAACGUCCACCUCCAGGUGCACCUGCCCCUGCUCGGGCUUUGGCAGGAGAACCUGAGUCUGGGCAUGAGUUACCAUCUCUGCAGGGAGAGCCUGCCCUGGCUCCUGCCCAAGACCCGAUGCCCAUGAUGACUGACUCACCCCUGCAGGGAGAACAGGCCCCCGCUCUGGACAGAGAACUCGAGCCCUUUCUGGAAACACCUCGUCCAGGGGCGUGGUUGGCUCUACAGCCUCCAUCCCUGUCUGCUCCCCGUGAUGUCAUCAACUCGCUCCCCACCCAGGGGAGAUUGAGGUCCGUUCCCUUGAGUGUCUUUUCAUUUGGAUUUUAUGUAACUU